AAUUGAAAACCUGGAGUAGGUUAUCCGUUGCUCUGCUGAACUGGGAGCCCCCUGCGUGUCUGAAACGCACCGUCAGUGGUGCAGCGCCAUACUCAAAAUAGAUCCUGGGAAAACAUUUUGGUUCAAGGGGUGGCAUGAUUUGAGGAGGAAGCAUCCUUCCUUGCAUUGGACACAAGGCAUUGCAAAUAAUUGCUUUUGGUUGCAAGGAGAGCCGAUCAGCACCUUGAGUGGCAAGAGGGAGGCAGGUUGAAGCCACUAGAACAGGCAUGGUCAAAUUUUGGUCUUCCAGGUAUUUUGGAUUUCCACUCCCACAAUUCCUAACAGCCUCAGGCCCCUUUUCUUUUCCCCCUCAGCCGCUUAAGGAUGGACAUACAUCCCGGAAAACUCACAACAACCCAUUGAUUCUGGCCAUGAAAGCCUUCAACAAUACAUCUGUAAAGGUGCAACUAACUAACUAAUAACCCUACUUAAUUUUAUUUGGAAAGGCUUAAGUAAAGAAAAACAAAGAGAACACUUUCUUCCCUUCCGUUGCCGUGCAACUUGAACCCAUAUGCUCAUUGGCUGGGAAGUGUUGUUCAUAGCAACGGAGAGACGCUAAGCAGUGUCAACAGCAGCAGCAUCAGUUAAGCUUCAGGAGCUUCCGGAUUAUUGACUAUUUUGUAUUGAGAUAUAUGUAAUGUAAGAUACUGAAGCCUAGUUGUCAACCCCUUGGCAUUGGGAUCCAUAGGAUAGGCAUUGGAAUGCAGAAUACCUGCUGUUGAGACUUUUGUAGGUGGAGGUUCUAAACGUACUACUGUUUGGAUCCGUUCUGCGGCCUAGCCAUGUCUCACCCAUCAGUCCUUCUGACCCAGGAGCCUGCUCCGCAAACUGUCCCCGUCUCUGAGCUGCCCAUGAAGGUGUACGAACCAGCCUUCAACACCGGCCUGGACUCCUCCUCAGGUUUGGCCACAGCAGGCUUCCGCACAGCCAAGUACCUGCUUGAGGAAUGGAACCAGCACAAUUACACCCGUUAUUAUGAGGCCUUCGCUGACCGGGACCAUUCGGAGCGGGUGCGACAGGAGUCGCAGAGCCUGGCGGCCUACACGGGUGAACUGGCCGAGCGGACCCAGCAGGACUCCACGGCCAAAGUGGGCGAGCGCCUGCAGGACAUCCACUUCUGGAAGUCAGAGUUGCAACGGGAGAUUGAGGACCUGGUGACCGAGACAGAUCUACAGGUGGCCCAGAAGCGGCGGCUAGAGCGGGCUCUGGAUGCCACCGAGGUGCUCUACAGCCUGGCCAUGGACAACCUGCAGUGCCGCGAGCGGAGGCAGCACCCAGACCUGGUGCGCGACCAGGUGGAGGCCGAGUUGCUCAAGGAAGCGGAGCUCGUUCGAAAUGUCCAAGAGCUGCUGAAAAGAACCAUUAAGCAAGUGGUGAAUCAAAUACAGUUAAAUCGGGAUCACAAGGAGGUCUGCGAAAUGGAUUGGUCCGACAAAUUGGAGACAUACAACAUUGACGAGAAGUGUGGGAGGUACAACAACCAGAGCACCAACAUCCGGUUCCACCCAAGCUCUUCUAAGCUGGAGGACAGUGCUUCCACGCCGGAAACCUGGGCCAAGCACAGCCAUGACAACAUCUACCGGGCCGAGCGGGAGAAGCUGGCCUCCGUCAACCUCAGGGCCUUGAUUGACAACAUCCUGCACGACACAGCCGAGGACCUGCACACCCAGAGUGACUUGGUCAACCAGGCCUUCGCCAAGCACUGCGAGAUCCUGGAGGACGCCAAGCACAAGCUGGAGCACCACCUGAAGAAAAUCCUCAAAGAGAUCGGGGACCAGGAGCACAACAUUGCAGCUCUCAAGCAAGCCAUCAAAGAUAAAGAGACACCCCUCAAGGUGGCCCAGACCAGGCUCUAUGACCGCUCCUUCAGACCGAACGUUGAUCUUUGUAGAGAUGCGGCCCAGUUCAGGCUGAUCAGCGAAGUGGAGGAACUGAUGGAGUCCAUUGAGGCUCUGAAGAAGAAGCUUUUGGACUCUGAGCAGGCUCUGAGGAACCUGGAGGACACCCGGAUGACCCUGGAGAAGGAGAUUGCGGUCAAGGCUAACAGUAUCUUUAUCGACCGGCAGAAAUGUAUGGCCCACCGUGCCCGGUACCCAACUGUCCUCAAGUUGGCCGGCUAUCAGUAGGCUACCGAUUCAUUAUAGGACUGCAGAGCAGUCACAAUAAGUAGUAGAAACCUUCUGAAGAAUGGAGUUACAUAUAAGCACCAGCCUAUUUCCCCCCAUUCCCAGCUCUGAGCUGAAAUAAAAUAUUGCCCUAAAGAGUUGAACCUUA